UCUAAAAUCCAAUCGCUGCAAGAGAAAAAACCACUGAAACCGUUCGUAGCGCACCAACCGGGCGGCUCCGACCCUUCGCUCGCUCCCCAGCGUCACCGCUCCCCCGCCGCGGCUUCUAGAACCUUCCAGAACCCAACCCCCCUCGGCGCCGGUUUCUGGAAGGUUCGUGAAGGCGGUUUCGGAGAUCUCGGCGGCGGCGGCGGCGGCCAUGGCGGGCCCGUGCUGAGUGUGCGCGCGGCAUCCGGGGGCGGGCACCGAGCUCGAGAUCCCGAUGCAGAUCCGGGAGGGCCCGGCGCGGCGGCCGGCGCCGUCCACCGCGGGGGCGCUGCGGUCGCCGAUGUCGGUGAUGAUGCUCGCCAUGUUCGCCACCAUGGCCUCCUUCUACGUCGCCGGCCGAUUGUGGCAGGAUGCACAGAACCGGGUUUACCUGAUUAAGGAGCUCGACAGACGAACUGGCCAGGGGCAAUCGGCAAUAUCAGUGGAUGAUACCUUGAAGAUUGUUACGUGCAGGCAGCAAGGCAAGAGGUUGGCAUCACUUGAGAUGGAGCUGGCUGCAGCGAAACAUGAAGGUUUUGUUGGGAAAUAUACCUUUGAGACAAAUACAACUCAUUCUAAAAAGAAGCCGCUAAUUGUUAUCGGAAUAAUGACAAGCUUUGGAAGGAAAAACUAUCGUGAUGCUGUCAGGAAGUCGUGGCUACCAACAGGUUCAAUGCUGAAGAAACUAGAAGAAGAAAAAGGCAUUGUAGUACGUUUCAUAGUUGGAAGAAGUGCAAACCGAGGAGAUACUUUCGAUAGGGAGAUUGAUGAUGAAAAUAGGAGUACCAAGGAUUUUUUGAUCUUGGACGAUCAUAUAGAGUCUGAUGAAGAGCUUCCUAUGAAGACAAAAAGUUUUUUUGCCAAUGCUGCAGAGAGAUUUGAUGCUACAUUUUAUGCUAAGGUCAAUGAUGAUAUAUACAUAAAUGUUGAUACUUUGAGUGAAAUGCUCAAAACUCACUGGGACAAGCCUCGUGUCUACAUAGGCUGUAUGAAAUCUGGCGAGGUUUUCUCUGAAUCAGCUCAUAAGUGGUAUGAACCAGACUGGUGGAAAUUUGGUGAUGGAAAAUCGUACUUCCGACAUGCUUCUGGUGAAAUGUUUGUCAUAUCGAGGGCCAUAGCUCAGUUCAUUUCUAUAAACAGGUCUGUUCUCCGGACAUAUGCACAUGAUGAUGUUAGUGUAGGAUCGUGGAUGAUUGGACUUGCUGUGAAGCAUGUAAAUGAAGCAAAACUAUGUUGUUCAUCAUGGCCCUCAGGUGCGAUGUGUUCAGCUCUGUGAUGAACUACGCUUCGCGGAGGAAGAAUUUUGUGAAAAGUGUGUUAGGCUCACGAGUGUGCUGGAUGGUACAAACCAUAUACAGAGAAUGAGAUCGAAUCGGCAUUGAGGAAAUUUUGUUUUAUUCUGCCAUUUUAUGUGGCAUCCUUGGUAGAAGCUGUGCCAGUUCAAUAUGAAAUCAGAUAUCUUCUUUCCAAAAGGAAAUGUCUUGCAUCUUUUCUUUGCAAGACCAUAUUAAAUCAUGAGUUCUAACUAAAAUCCAUCUGCAGAUUGUAUCCUGGUUUUGCUUGUCAUUUGUAGAUGCCCACCAAUACCAUUCUUUUCUGACAGACACCACCAUUGUUGGAGUGACUGAAAUUAAUAGCAAUUCAGGAAAUUUAUUUACUCCAAAGAAUACGCUCUGAUAGUUGUGAAUUUUGAUACAUACAUAAGGAUACUUUCGAAGUCAAGAAUUUGCCAUGUACAAUUCUCUGGACCUUUGGGGAAAAAAAAAGAUUCCAAU